GAAUCUCCACAUCAUCACUACAUUUCUAUCUUCCAAAAUAUCUGAUUCACAUUUGAUCCACCAGAUCAAGUUGGUUUGUGUUCAUAUAGGGAACUCCAUUAAAUGGCGAAGAGGAGGUCGUGGUUCGGUUGGUUGAAACGAGUAUUCAUCUGCGAGGCUAAAGCGAAUCCAGAGAAGAAACCAAGGAGAUUGAGAUGGGUGUUUAGAAGACUGAAGCUGAGACAUCAGAUUGCAACUACGGUGCAAGAGACAAGGACUUUGAACGAAGCAACAGAGGAUCAGAGAAAACAUGCCGUGAAUGUAGCCAUUGCCACGGCGGCAGCAGCUGAGGCGGCGGUUGCAGCGGCCAAGGCAGCUGCUGAGGUUGUCCGGAUGGCAGGAAACGCCUUCACGUCACAGUACUUCGUCAAGAAGCGCGAUCACAAUUUGGCUGCUAUCAAGAUUCAGAGUGCCUUCAGGGCUUAUCUGGCGAGGAAGGCGUUGCGUGCACUGAAAGCACUCGUGAGGCUUCAAGCAAUUGUCCGUGGCCGAGCUGUUAGGCGAAAGGUUUCUGCUUUAGUAAAGUCUUCACCCUCCAAAGCUUCGACAUCAGGCCUCAUCCAGAGAAACACAGAGAGAAAACACUGGUCCUUGACCAAAUCUGAGAUCAAAGAAGAGCUCAAGGUAUCGAAACAUUCGAAGGUGGAGUGCAAUGGUUGGGACAGUAGCGCUCUCACGAAGGAAGACAUCAAAGCCAUAUGGUUGAGGAAGCAAGAAGGUGUGAUCAAGCGUGACCGUAUGUUGAAAUACUCCCGCUCUCAUCGGGAGAGAAGGAGUCCUCAUAUGCUUCUGGAGUCAUUGUACACAAAGGAUAUGGGGAUGCGAAGCUGUCGGCUGGAACAUUGGGGUGAGUCCAAGUCUGAAAAAUCCAGCAACUCAAUUCUCAUUCCAAGCGAGAUAACAAAAGUAAAGCUUAGAACUUUACAGAGACAAGACUCUUGUGAUGGACAAGACUCACCAUUUUCAUUCCCGAGGAGAUCCUUCAGCCGUCUGGAACAGAGUCUAUUGGAGGACGAGAGCUGGUUUCAAGGCUCCAAUGGCUUCCAGCCUUACAUGAGUGUGACAGAGUCUGCAAAGGAAAAGUUUAGAUCACUGAGCACACCGAGGCAACGAGUAGAGCUCAUGGAUUCUUUGUUUGAUAACAGUAAGAGGGAAGGGGAUAAAGUCUCUCUCUGGUCAUCUUUUGUGAGUGAAACCAGUAAGAUGAGCAGCUCUAAGAAGUCGUCUCUGAUCACAAACCAGCAUUGUUGUUAAUUUUUGAAUGUUCAUGUCACUUUCUCUUGUUUUUCCAUUGUGUUUUUUUUUUUUUUUUUUAUGGGUCUCAUAUCUCAUGUUCUUUAUAGAUAAUGUUUCUGAAGAGGGAAUUUUUUUUUUGGUUUUGGUGUCUGCUUUGUCAAUGUAAUUCUUCUGUUCAAACAUGG